UGCACCUGAUCAUACGUCGUCACACGUCGCCCCUUCGCCAUGCCGCCGGCGUCCAGCUGCGUCACUUGGGAUCGUCCACUGCAGCCAGGGCUCCUGCAACAGCUGCGGGAGAUGCAACCGAGCUCCGUGCCGCGCUUGGUGGGGCAGCCGCUGUCUGCGGACGAGUACCUGUUGUCGGCCAUGGCGCUACGACAGGAUGCCCAAUCCCAUGCUGAUGCGGACAACUACCUGACCUUUGGCGAAGAGGCAGGCUGGGAUGCAGAUGACAUGUUGGCAUCCAACUUGGCUGGGCAAAGACCUGGAUUGGGCGAAUGCCUGGUGGGUACCUGUGGCUUUAUGGGCACUGGUGCCGCGAAGUACGCCCAGCGCCUCAGGGCCGUGGAGCUGAACUGCACCUUCCAUGAUCAGGGCAACGGCUGCUACGAGAAGCAGGCGGCCAGCUAUGCCAAGCUGGGCUUGCGGGUGGUGGUGAAGGUUUCUGGCUAUGCCACGCAUUCGGUAGCCCUGGGCGAUCCGACUCAAUGGUGGCCAUGGCUUCAUGCGAAGUACGCACCCUUUGUGAAUGAAGGCAUCUUGGUGGGACUGCUCUGGCAACUUCCACCCUCCUUCAACUGCACGGAGGAGCACUUGCGGCGCCUAGAAAUUUUGGGCCAGCUCUUGCGAAGCCGUUCCCAACGCACCGCCUGGCUCGAACUGCGACAUGUUUUCGAGUUCCGGCACAGCUCGUGGUUCAAGAGCUCGGCUUUGAGGGAAAUCAUGCGAAGGCAUAGCCUAAGUUUGGUGAGCCUGCAUGUGAUGAACGACACUGGAUGGGCAGGUGACCUCAACUCCGGAUGGCAUGCAUUGCCAGAUGAAACUGAUGAGGGAGACUUUGUGUACCUGCGAUGCUUUGGCGCUAGGAGUCGCAGCAUCGGUCUCUACGACAUGAGCUUUUUGAAGGAGGCGAUGGCAGUUGCGAAGAGAGCAACUUCAGCGGUGAUUAUGUUUGGCCAAGGGGAUGCACCUCAACAGGCCUUGAGCAACGCUUGGGAGUUGCAGGACCUUUGCUGCUUGUCUCAGGGCUCGUUGAGCUCGUUACCUCUCCGAAGUGGAGGUUCUGAAGUGGGGAAGCGCGUGCGUGGUGUGGUGCUCCGCCGCGGGAGGGAUGGAUUGAUCCUGGUGGACGUCGAGGGCGGCCCUCAGGGCUGUCGUACCGGGUAUUUGGGGUCCAGACACUCGCGGCGGCGAGGGCUGGGGCUACGUGCUGGCACGGUGCUGACGAAUUUACAGGUGGAGUCGGAGGAGAAGGGCCACUUGGUGUUGAGCGUGUGUGAGGCUGACACGGCGGUAAGCUGAAAAGCUCGCAAUGGGGAGCGGUGGAGAUGUGGGGUGAUGAGAAGGGGGAUGCUGUAAGCUACGAGCUGAGCCACGAUCCAAGUAGGCAGAUCCCAACUUCCAAAUCACGGAAAACUGUCUCCUGACUUCUGAUAUUGGUAAUGGUAAGCCCGUUUUAUCCUUGUGCUGUUGCAGCCACGAGCCUGCUGUGGUAUAUAUAGAAUCUUGUGAUGUGAGGUAGUGAUCCAAAUUGCAUUUGCCCUUGCCAUAUUCAUGCUCGAAUCCAUUCACCACCGCCACUGCUUCCAUUCAUGGGACAAGUAGAAGUGCAAACGACAUGGGUCAACGGAAUUGUGUGGAACUCCAAAUCGGUAGAGUGGCCACUCGAAAACCCAAAGCACUUGUUGUCCUUCUUGGUGGCCCCUUCGACAAAAAAAAGCUUUGGAUCUUGCUUGUGAGGGCGAUCUCCAUGUUGUGCAGUGCUUCCUUUUUGCCGAUGUCAGACGAAGUUGUG